GGUGUCAUCGCCGACCUGAUCUGCCGCCAGAUGGCCGACCGCGUCGACGCCGUGUGCCAGGCGGGCUUCACCCAGAGUGUGGUGAGCCAGCUGGACGGUUGGUGUGACGCACUGUUGUGCGACUGGCGCCGGCUGCUGGGCGACGAGGCGGGUCUGGAUGCCGCCCGCCAGCGCGCCGUCUCCUACAUGUACGAGAUGUACGCGCGCCGCCGGAUCGGACAGCUCUUCGACAUCAUCGUGGACUUUCCGGACUCGCAGCCGGCGCUGGAGGACCUGCGCACCUGCCUGCAGCGCUGCCGGCUGCGCGGCGAGCUGGUGGCGUCCCUGCGACGCGCCGUCGCCACGCGGCUGUUGCACCCGGCCGCCAACACCGAGGACAUUCUGUCGGCGUACGUGUCGGCGGUGCGCGCCCUCCGGCUGCUGGAGCCGGCCGGCGUGCUGGUGGAGCUGGUGGGCGGCCCCAUCCGGCAGUAUCUGCGCGGCCGCGAGGACACGGUGCGCUGCAUCGUGGCCUCGCUCACCGAGGAGGGCGGCGGUCCGCUGGCCGACGAACUGGUGCGCGGCGAGCCGACCGUGCUGCCGCCCGACGGCGACAUGCAGAACUGGCAGAGUUGGACGCCGUACCCGCGCGACGCGCCGCCCGCGCGCGACGCCGCCGCCUCGCCGCAGGCUGACAUCAUUUCUAUGCUGGUCAACAUCUACGGCAGCAAGAACACUUUUGUGAAGGAGUACCGCAAGCUGCUGGCUGACCGCAUCCUCAAGCAGACGACGUACGACCUGGACCGGGAGCUCAAGUACCUGGAGCUGCUGAAGAGGCGCUUCGGCGACUCCGAGCUGCACGAGUGUGACGUCAUGCUCAAGGACCUCUUCAACUCGCACCGCAUCAACUGGCACAUCCACUCGGAGGAGAGCCGACGCCUGCGGCGGCAGGCGGAGCCCAGCCCGGCGGCCGGGCCGCCGGCGCCGCCCGCCUUCCUCGUCCACUCGCUCAUCCUGUCGGCCCAGUUCUGGCCCGACUUCAAGGAGGAGACGCUCGCCCUGCCCGAGGAGUACGAGCGCUGCCUCGACGAGUACACGCGCGAGUUCCAGGCGCUCAAGGGCAACCGCACACUGUGCUGGAAGCGCCACCUGGGUACCGUGGAGCUGCAGGUGGAGCUGUCGGGCCGCACCAUCGAGCUGAGCGUGACGCCGGUACACGCGGUCAUCCUGCACCACUUUCAGUCGCGCUCGACGUGGACGGCGGCCGAGCUGAGCCACACCAUGCGCGUACCGGUGUCGGUGCUGCGGCGCAAGGUGGCCUUCUGGCUGUCGCAGGGCGUACUGACCGAGGCGGCGCCCGACGUCUACCGGCUGGGAGAGGGCGGCGAGCAGGCGGCGGCGGCCGGCUGCAGCCUGCUCGAGGACGACGCCGACUCGCCCAUGACUUCGACCGAGGACCAGAAGGAGCGCGACCUCGAAGUCUUCUGGAACUACAUCGUGGGAAUGCUGACCAAUCUGGCGUCGCUGCCGCUGGAGCGGAUCCAGGGCAUGCUGCGGCUGUUCGCCAUGGCCGGCGCCGAGGAGUGCUCCACGCAAGAGCUGCGCUCCUUCCUCGACAAGAAGGUGAAACAGCACAAGCUGUUGUUCAGUGGUGGUCUGUACCGGCUGCCCAAGCCCUGAGGCCCCUGGGAACUGGUGAUCUGUGCCGAGCUUGUGACCCGUACGGGGCCGCGCUGACCGGCUCUCAGAGAUAGGCUGUGACAUGGCAGCCGUGCUCUCAGUG